AUAUGACACUGUGUGCGAAUGACGUUUCACGCGCUAGUUUGAGUGUUUUCGUUGUAAAAUCUUACUUUUCAGUUAUCACGUCGUGUCACGAAUAACAUCAGACAGCGAUCAAACCUUCAAAGUCGACUAUGGAUAACGAUAUUAAGAAAGUCUUAGCUAAACUCACAAACACCAAGAAGUCUGAUGCGAUUAGAGGGUCAUGCAGAAAGUGUGGAUAUGCGGGCCAUCUGACCUACCAGUGUAGAAACUUUGUGAAGGUAAAUCCCAACACUGACAUUGUCUUGGAUGUGAGUAGCACGAGCUCAGAGAGCAGCGACGAGGAAGACUUCAAAUCACCUCUAGUGCAGCUAAGGGAAGCGGAAACCCAAGCCGUGGAGAAGAAGGAAACGGAAACGAAGAAGAAAAAGAAGAGGAGUAAGGAAGAGCACAAGCAUUCUAGGAAAAGGAGCAGGUCACGGUCGCGUGACGUGCGCAAAAAAUCCAAAAGGAAACACAAGCGGCGAAG